AUGCCAGGAACACCGUCUAGUCUCGGAUGCGACGGCUGUCGCAGACAAAAGAAGAGAUGCGAUCAAGCCAAACCAACUUGUGGAAGAUGUAGACGAGUUGGAAUAUCAUGUGUCGGAAAUGGUGUCAAAAGAUGGAAAUUUCAUUCCUCCUUCCAAAGCGAGAACAACGAACAAACCCUCACAUCGUCCCCAAGACGGAGUCCAAGCAACGCACAAACGAGGAUAUCAUCCUCACUAGUUCAUAUCCUUCAGACUGAAGACUGCCGCUUCGAUAUUCGUGCAUUCGGCGGAAAACUCAUCCCAGAACUCGUGGCUCAGAUCGGUUACAAUGCCGCACUUGAUUCAUGUGUGGCCGCCAUGGUUACGCUUUAUAGAUCUCAUCAGUGUCCGAGUUUGAGGGUCGAAGGGUUGACGCAUUAUGGAGAUGCUUUGGCUGCUACGAGAAAAGCGAUUAUUGAUCCAAAGGAGUCCAUCAUGAUGAAAAUGCAGGUUGUUUCCGUCAUGUUUGUGUGUCAUUACUGGAUUGAUCGUAAAUCGGUUGAACAACAUCGUGAGAUAAUAUCAGUUCUAUUUCGUGAAGCUGUCUUGAAAAAGCAACUGGAUGAUCUGGAGCCAUACAUGGUUGGACUGACACAACUAGCAGUCAUGGCAAGCUUUCUGAAUCCUCAGUUCGAACUAGGGCCGUGGUUCUGGGAAGCAUGUGAAACGAUAGGCACUCCUCGACCUGUCAAGUAUCACCAAGGAAGCUUCAUCAGUCUCGAAUCUGGGACACUAGCCGAGGUGUCCAUUUUUAUGCGCUCGCCAAAGAAGCAUAUUCAUCAACUUCAAUGUAUCUACAGCGUUAUACAAUUUGAAAUGCCCAAGGUUCGACGACUCAUCUCACUUGCGACGAUGGCAGCCGCAGCUCCCAAUGCACAAGCCAUGUCAAAGAGAGUGUGCAGUUCAUACAGAUUUGCAUACGCAAUACUUCUCGCCAUGACAGCAGUGAUCAAUCACACUCUGCAAAUAUGGGACAAGAAUCUUGAUCUUGUUGGGUAUGUUCACGAUUGUGUUGAUGAAUCCAUUGCUCUUGUGCAGCAGUGUGAGAAUGCUCGUCCAUACGGGGCCAUGUUUGUGCCUGAAUUUCUUACAAUGGUAUAUGCAGCGGCAACGGAUGGAUACCGGAAUGAUGAGAUGGCGAGUAUACUAUUGGAUUACGAGAGCGAUUGUAUUGGAGCGGACUAUUUGGGACAUGCUUUAUCGGUUAGGGAACGACUCUAUGCAAUGGAGAUGCGAGAGACGGUGGGGGAGAUCAAGACUGGAUUGGAUGCUGGUGUCGAAGCAGGAACACAGAUUACAACAGAGGUUGAACAAGAUUACCAGGCAGUUACUCGACAUGUGAAUCCCCACCACUCUCCCGUCUGUCCAUUAUCAUGCACAACAGACUUUCUGACGGCAGAAACGCGGGGACUUUUAGCGAUCCCCGAGAUUCAUCUGGAACUUUAUGUCUAUUUCAACACCGAACGGCUCCGAGAUAUGCCCGUUAUAUCAUCAACAGUGGCUAUUUGUAUCAUUUAA